UUCCAAAGAGGAAAACCCAGGGAAGCUCCCACGAGCCCACAUUCCCCAGGGUUUGGGGGCUCCCACCUCCUCCUGGAGCUCCUGUGCCCCACCUUCUCCAGGCUCUGGCUGUCGUUCCCGACUGGAUCAGAGCCCGGCUAAAUUUAGAAGGAUCGAUUUCAACCCCCGCCUCUGCCCCGCGGGGGAAAGGACAGAGCAGAGGUGCCCGGGGACGAGGAGCCACGGGGGGCUCCGUCCUCUGUCCCCUGGACUGGUGGGACCCCAAAUUUACCCAGCUGCAGGACCAUGGAGGAGCCCAGGGGGGCUGGAAUUUUCCUGGGUCGUGCCACGGGUCUCUGUGGCUGUCACUCGUGACAAGGACGCCCGUGUGUCCCGCAGGGAAGGAGCUCCCUGAAGAGGCUGGUACAGUCCCACCUCUGCUUCCAGGGGAGCUGCCGAAUGAAGCCCGGAGCUGCUGGUGGGUGAGAGACCCCCCAAGCUCUGCAUGGAUGGGAAUGGGGAGAGCUGCCCACAGUAGGAGCCCAGGGCAGCUGGAAAACUCCGGCCUCUUCCUCCGAGCUUUCCUGCUCCUCUUCCUCUGCAGGCAUGUCUCCUCCCAGUGCAAGAUCCUCCGCUGCAACUCGGAGUACGUGGCGGCCACGCUGCACCUGCGCGGCCCCGAGCGCGGCGCCGCAUUCUGCACCGCGCUGCGCUCCUACUCGCUGUGCACGCGCCGCACCGCCCGCACCUGCCGCGGCGACCUGGCCUUCCACUCGGCCGUGCACGGCAUCGAGGACCUCAUGAUCCAGAACAACUGCUCCAAGGAAGGGCCCACGGCCCCGCCGCGGCCCGCGGCGCCCAACCCGCACGGCUUCGAGUCGCUCGAUAUCUGCGAUUACGAGAGGAGUUUCCUCUACAAGCACGGACGACCGCCCGGUUUCCAGCACUGCGCUGCUUUCGGGGACCCCCACAUCCGGACCUUCCACGAUGACUUCCACACGUGCCGGGUGGAGGGCUCCUGGCCGCUCUUGGACAACGAUUACCUGUUUGUGCAAGCCACCAGUUCACCGGUGGCCAAGGGGUCCAACGCUACAGUCACCAGCAAGCUGACCAUCAUCUUCAAGAACAUGAAAGAAUGCAUCGACCAGAAGGUCUACCAAGCCGAGCUGGACAACGUCCCUGCAGCAUUCCAGGACGGCUCCGUCAACGGCGGCGCGCGCCCGGGCGGGAGCAGCUUGGCCAUCUGGGAGCGCAGCCCCGGCCGGCACGUGGAGAUCCGCGCCGCCUACAUCGGCACCACCAUCGCCGUGCGCCAGGCCGGCCGCCAGCUCUCCUUCUCCAUCCGCGCCGCCGAGGAGGUGGCCCGGGCCUUCACGGAGGAGCAGGACCUGCAGCUGUGCGUGGGCGGAUGCCCCCACAGCCAGCGCAUGUCCCGCAGCCCCCGCGGGCGCGGCCGCGUCCCCGCGGAGACGGCGCGAGCGCUCUGCCGGGAGAUGCUGCCCGUGGAGGAUGUCUACUUCCAGUCGUGCGUCUUCGACGUGGUCACCUCGGGGGACGUCAACUUCACCAUGGCAGCGCACGGGGCGCUGGAGGAUGCCCGGCUCUUCCUGCCCGAUGCUGAGAAGCUUCACAUCUUCCAAGCUGGAGGAGGUUGCCAACUCAGCUCUCCAUCGUUUCUCCUCCUCCUCUUCCUCCUCCUGUGUGGACUUUGGGCUGUUUUGUUGCACUUUUAACCCCCGCCUGCUCCGUAGGGAGCUGCUGGCUCCGAGCUGCAGCCAGGAGAGGUUCCUCGCCUUGAAGGAGGUGUCUCAGAGACCCAAGAGAGGGAAGAGGUGAACCCCUGGUUUGCACCCACUGGUCUCACACGGAUGGUGAAGCUGCUUCCCAGCUCUUCUCGUGAAGGCAGUUCCAAAUUUUUCUGUUCCAUUCUGACACGUUCCUUUUCCCCUAAGGAUGUGUCAUUGCAGUGCCUCAAAGAAAAAUAAACCCCCUGGGUUAGAAAGCCCCUCUGUCCCUCAGAGCCUUUCCAUAACUCACUUCCCACCUUUGCCCCAUGUUAAUCCAGCAGAAUUCCACUCAGGAACCAUAUAAAUCCAGAAAUAAGGGACUCAAAGCCCAAAGCCCAAUUUUUAGCAAUAAUUUUUUUUUUUAAAAAUGGAUUUGGGACCCUUCACUCAUCUACUCCCAAAGCAAAGCAAGGCCACAAAUCAUUCUGGGGAGCGUUGUGACCAAGAGGGAGACUUUUGAGUAGAAAUCAGACGGUUUUGUCCAGGUGCUCUUCUUCCAGGAUAAAUAACAAGUGGAUCGCCAGCAGUGGGAGCUGUGGAGCUUGGGACCUCCCACAUCCCAGGCCACUGUUGCUAUUUUUCCUUGUUUUCUUGGCACCUGUUGUGGACUGAUUUUAGCCGGGUCUGGACUUGAGGCUGGUGUCAGGUUUUAGAGAGGACAAAACACCGCUUGGGAAUUCUCUCCCUUGGGCCCAGAUUCUCUGUCGCUGCUGAAAUCCAACCCAAACUGGAGCUUUUGCUUGGAAAAACAGAAUUCCUGAUGGCAGAGAGCCAGCUGGGCACACAGAUGGGCAGGGUAUUGCCCCGUGGAAGGUGCAGAACUGCAGAGGGGAGGGCAAAUUUCACAUAUUUCUGAGGAUUUCAGUAAAGCAGAUGGAGUUCUACAGGAGAAAUCUUUUCCUUAGGGAAGACUUUCCUUUAUUUUUAAUAAAGUGUUAAAAACUUG